GUCACGGCAGCCACAGCCCGGAAACUCUGAUGGAAUCCAGCAUCUUGCGGCGUCCACCAACAGCUCUGUAUUGGAAGGAAGAGCUUUGAACUUGGAAACAAACCUUUUUCUUCCUUUCCCACCAUGUCCCUGUGUUCUUUGUCUUUGAAUUCUUCUUCACCUUGCUUUACAGGCUCCUGAUCGACGUGGACAUCCAUUAUCCAUGUAUCAUUGACUGCAUCAGCCCAGCCCCCUCCUCCUAUACCCCAAUAUGCGCUUCGGUCAAACCCUUUCCAACGCUGUCUAUCCUCCAUGGAAGGACAAGUACCUCGAGUACGAUAAGAUCAAAAAGCUACUGCGUGAAGAUGAAACAUCCCCCCAGAGUCGAGGUGGUCAGACCGGCUGGACUGAGAGGGACGAGGAGAACUUUGUCCAUGAACUCACUGUCGUCCAGUUGGAAAAGGUCAACCAGCACCAAGUCGACACCUUCAAUGCCCUAAGAGAUCGUGCCGCUGCUUUAGAGACCAGACUGCCUAGUCCGGACAAUGAGGAGAACAGUCACUCGGAGCAAGAGUGGAAGACGGUGGCAAAGGACAUGCUCACAGAGCUGGACAACAUCUCCAAAGAACUCAACGAGCUUAGGAAGUUCAGCCGCGUCAAUUAUACCGGUUUCCUAAAAGCAGCAAAGAAGCAUGACAGGAAACGAGGUCUUAAGUACAGAGUUCGACCCAUGUUGCAAGUUCGACUCUCCCAGACUCCCUUCAACCAGGAAGACUAUUCUCCUCUUCUUUUCCGUUUGUCGGCCAUGUACUCAUGGGCUCGCCAGAAGCUCGGCGAGGAAGAGGGCAGUGGAAAAGAAACAAAUUCCGAUGUACGCCAACAAGAUUCCUACAAAGCAUACAAGUUCUGGGUCCAUGUCGACAACCUGCUCGAAGUCAAAACCUAUAUUCUCCGUCGCCUUCCCGUUCUUGUCUACAAUCCUCAAUCCGUCAAGGUCGUUGAUGGCGCUCAAAAAGAUCCCACUCUGACCUCCAUCUAUUUCGACAGUCCCAACUUCGACCUCUACCAGGGCAAAGUCGACAAGGCUACCUCAGGCGAUUCUGUUCGUCUCCGAUGGACCGGUCUUCUUGAUGAUAAACCUGAAAUUGUUCUGGAGAAGAAAACAGUUGGCGAUGAAAUUGACAGCCGGGACAUCCGAGUGACUCUCAAGGAAAAAUACAUUGAAUCAUUCCUCAAAGGCGAGUAUAAGCUGGAGAAACAAAUUCAAAAGCUGGAAGAUCGUCUUGGCCCGGAUGCUGAUGAGGUCAAGACCUUCAAGGCAAAUGUCAACGAGAUCCAGUCCUUCAUCAAGGACAAGGCUCUGGAGCCUGUUCUGCGCGCAAGCUACACGCGGACAGCUUUUCAGAUUCCUGGUGAUGACCGAGUGCGAGUCUCACUUGACACCGAUCUUGCUUUCAUCAGGGAAGAUGCUUUGGACUCGGAUCGUCCAUGCCGUGACCCGGAAGAUUGGCACAGGUCUGAUAUCGAUCAGAACCAGCUCGAAUACCCAUAUCCAACCAUCAAAAAGGGCGAAAUCAGUCGUUUCCAACACGCCGUCCUCGAGAUCAAAAUCAAAGAAAGCAAACGAUUCAGCAGGGGCAAUAGUUGGCUGGACGAUCUGAUGAACUCGCACCUUGUCAAAGAAGAGAAGAAAUUUUCCAAAUUCGUACACGGGGUCGCUCUUCUUUUCGAAGACUAUGUCAACAGCUUUCCUUUCUGGCUUAGCGAUCUGGAAACCGAUAUCCGGCGGGAUCCUGUGACCGCCUUCCACGAGGAGCAGGAGAGAGAAGCAAAGCAGGCCGAAGACGAGAUGGCGGUCGGCAGUGUCCUGGCAAGCUCAAAGCUAUCUUCCUCAUUCAAAGCCAAGACAGCGUCGCCCUCCAAAUUUCCGGAACGUCGGAUCUCGGGUCAUCUUCCACAGGCUCUACAGCAGAGCUUGCGUCAAGCUGAUCAGCUUCAAUCCACGGCCGAAGAACCCGAUUCUGAUGACGAUGGGAUCCAAGGAGGAAAUGGGACUGCGCCUGGUCCCAGCGCUGGAGGGCUGCGGGCAUACCUCCCUGCAUUCUCCAAUUCACGGUAUGCGCGUCGUCAUCGACAGGGUGCCGCCUGGGAGGACGCACCGCUACCACCGGGUGUAAAAGACCCGGGUGUCUGGAUCAAAGACCAAGGUCCAUUAAAGGUGGAAGCCAAGGUGUGGCUUGCCAAUCAGCGCACAUUCAUCAAGUGGCAGCAUAUUGCUGUGCUACUGGCCACUCUAUCUCUGGGGCUAUACAAUGCCGCAGGCGUCGAUAACAACAUCGCCCGUGCAUUAUCCCUGGUUUACACCGCAUUCGCCGCCUUUGCAGCAAUUUGGGGUUGGGGAGUCUACAUGUGGCGGAGUCGACUCAUCACGGAGCGAAGCGGCAAGGAUUUUGACAACGUGGUGGGCCCGUUCAUUGUCAGCAUCGGUCUUGCGAUUGCCUUGAUUCUGAAUUUUGCUUUCAAGUAUAAUGCCACCAUCAUGCAAAGCCACCCGAAUUCGACGGUCGUGACUCAGUUGGCCACACAGCCCCCCCUGGGUAGCAAUCCUGAGGGACUAUGGGUGCAAGAAUUGUGAGCAGGCUUGACAGCGGAGGACUCUUAUUGUAUAUACCUAGCCAAUUGUGACUGCGGGAUCCAGAAGGAGCCUAUGAGCCAUCACACAUCUUUCACAAGUAGUAAUGUAUUCAUUGUGGGCAAUCCC